CGAAAGCCAAGGCAGUCCCACUCCCCUUCUCCACGGCUGUUUCACUUCUCGAAUUGGCAAAUUUACUUUGGAAACCUUCUGGCGAAGAACUACACAGAAAGGGGAUUUCCCAAUUUCAUAGGUUGGAUUUCUCUCGGAGGUGUGCUGUUGAAGUCGAACGAGGCGUAAAGGAAAUUUCGCUUGCAGAUGGCAGAGAUAAGGUAGGAGUUGUCGCUGCUGAUACUGGAAGUGGUGGAUGGGAGUUUGAGUGUGGAAAUCAAGUCAAAAUGAGGAAAUCUUUCAAGGAUUCCCUUAAGGCACUCGAGGCUGAUAUUCAGUUCGCCAAUACCUUGGCUUCUGAUUAUCCCAAGGAAUACGGUGGAGCAUGCCUUCAAAUGAGAUUAUCAUACAGUCCGGCUGCGCAGUUCUUUCUCUUCUUCGUGCAAUGGACUGAUUGCCACCUUGCUGGCGCUUUGGGUCUGCUCAGAAUUCUGAUAUACAAGGCAUAUGAAGAUGGGAAGACUACCAUGUCUAUUCAGGAAAGAAAGGCUAGUCUCAAGGAGUUCUAUGGGGUGAUAUUUCCUUCUCUGGUGCUACUUCAAAGAGGAACUAAUGACAUAGAAGAUAGACAACAUAGAGAAGCUUAUGCGGCCAAAUACAAAAGAAAAGAUCAGUUGGACAAAGGAAAGAUCUCUGAAAUAGACUUGGAAAGAGAGGAAGAAUGUGGUAUUUGCAUGGAGCUAAACAGCAAGGUUGUGUUGCCUACGUGCUGUCAUUCAAUGUGCAUGAAGUGUUACAGGAGUUGGCGCGCUCGGUCUCAAUCAUGCCCCUUCUGCCGUGACAGUCUCAGGAGAGUCAACUCGGGAGAUCUUUGGAUCUGUACGAGUAGCACCGAAAUUGUGGACUUGCCCUUCAUCUCUAGUGAAAAUUUGAAGAGGCUGUUUAUGUUCAUUGAUAAGUUGCCUCUUAUUGUCCCAGAUCCAAAACUCAUCUCUUAUUAUCUCAAUCACUAUUAGACAUUCCAGGCUUGGACGACCGGAAGUAAUUUGUAUAUAAAAAAAAAAAAACCCAUUACAUAUGUUGUUGUGCAUAAUUCUUAUCAAUUCUAUAAUUUGAUAGACUUGAAGCCUUUUGUGGUA